AUGCCGGAGUGUCGCCGGCCCACGAGGGUGGGCAACGUGCGGCUGAAAGGCUACGAAAUCGACGUGCACAAGCUGCUGGACGAAUUCGUUUACAGGGCGUUGGAUGGUGCCCCACUGACGUUCGAAACCUUCAAGGCGGUUUGGAAGGAACACGCUUUCUCCUUCGCGACACUGGCCGUUCCCCCAGGCCACACCCUCCAAGAGUACAUCCAGUGUCUGUUUGCAACAGCUCUUGACCGUUUGGACACGCCAAGUCCCCUUGGCCGCCAGAAUCUCGUCCCCAAGAUGCAUGACCCCAAGGGCACCAACUGUCGCAAAGUCAGGCACAUGCAGGACGGCGGAAGUGCACAGUUAUGUGACUUUGGCGAAUGCCCACCUUCUUUUACACAGUCAGAUGUGGAGGAUUAUUUUCUUGGGGAGAGCAACUGGCCCACAGUGGCAAGCUUGCCAUCAGGCAUGUUGGAUUCGAUUCGCUGUGAGAAUGGCGCAUCACCAGUGUGGCCAGGUCUCAGCUCUAAAGAUAAAGACAAGAAUGACAAGGAGCGCAAUGAAGGCGGUGUGGGGGGUUUUGAGAAACAAAUGUUGGGUGCAAACAAUGCAGCAGAUGAGCGAGUAGAUGAGGUUGGGGGCCAGGGGCAGCAGAUUGGCCAGUCGGGACCAGGCAACACACAUGGCGAUGGCAACUGCCGCUAUCUUGGCAGCUGCAACGAGAGGCUGGAUGCACAUGAAAUUGAUGGUUUGGAUAACUUAGGCUGCCAAUCAGCAUCUUGGGGUGCUCUCGUGUCCUUGCAGGGGGACACGUUUGGUGGGGCGCUUCAGUCUUUGCCCUCCUUGUCAGGUUUGGCCACUGAGUCAUUGAAAAAGGGCCCCUCACACCCUCGGGGUGAACUUCAGAACGUGCCUGACAGCACGUUGGAUGCACCAGACUGGAAAGGCAGACUUGACGAGGUACUCAAUGAAGUCUCCCACCUUGUUGAUGUUGACAGUACCGCAAUCGAGCACGAUGCUAUGGCCACCAACCAAAAUACAGGAGCGGCCAGGGGCAUGGAGAGUGUGCUCCCUGCUGAAUCCAAUGGAGCGGAUUUGGCUCAGGAAGCUGGCAAAGAUAGUUCAGGUUUAGUUUCUGAUAGGACCCCAGCUGAAGAGGGCUGUACAGAGAGGCCUGCAAAGAAAAGUCGCCCAGCUCUCAGUCACAGGGAUGGCCAGGGCAUGGCCACCUGCGACGGUGUUGUUGUCUGUGACUCACAAGUGGGCCCUGGGCAGUGUGCAGCCUUGGAAGGAAAAGGGCAGAAUGACAACAGCAUGCUUGCUGGUGGUGGCAGCCCAACACGUUUGCAGAGCUCUCCGGCCCCUUCCCAGCCCACAUCGCCAGUAACCCCAACUAAUUCUCUAUGCUAUGGCCAUCAGCAGGACCAUCAUACUGCGAAAGAGUCUGCAGCACAACAGAAACAGACCAUAGGACGGGGACAAGUUUGUGGUGGAGGCGAAGGGGUGGGAGAUCAGUUGGAUGUGAGACCAACUGCAGGCCAUCGUGUCAGAUGUACAAAUGAAGAGACACAAACUCGUGACAAAAGGUCACCUUUGGAAGAGCACAAAGGAAACCAAAAUUCAGAAGCUGUUGUGAACAAAGAUGACCGAGGUGGUGCUGACUGCCCUUGGGCCACAGAUUUGAGGGAUGACAUUUGUGCUGAUUCUGAAAGUGAGGUGCCAGGCAGCUUGAGAGAUGACGUUCCAUUUGAGGCAAUGGUGGCUGCGAUCUUUGCUGUGUACAGCAUAUAUUAUUGCCAGGUUCUGGAGCCACACACCUUGGUGUACCUCCCUGUUGAGCUCCUGGAAAGGUUGACUGCACUUGUGCCGAAGUUACAGGAGCGCGGACAGCUGGAGGCUCUGCAGAUGCUUAAGAAACUUUUUGCGGAUGAGGCAUUCCUGUUUGGAGCUGUGCGGCGUCCGCCUAGCUAUGUGAAUCGCAAGGUUAAGCACAACGAGGAGGAGAUGUCAGCAAUUCGAGAUAUUGCCUUUCACAUCAAGAGCACCCUCAAGGGCCUUGCUGACUUUUCAGGCCUCAUCAGCGACUGUAAUGCCUAUGAUCGUGCCCGUGUGGCUGCAGUCCAGCAGCAGGGGGAGAGAGGUGAAGAAACGAAUCGGCUUGACUUGUUCGAUGCAAGUAUUGGCUGCCAGCUGGGUGACUGUGCCUCCACCCGUUAUUGCGAAUUGGUGAAGAUGAUUGCAGAAGAUGUCUCAGAGCGUACCAAAGAAAUGCAAAGUGGCCAAUUGAUGGAGAAUUCCAGAAACGAACUGCACAGGCGACUUGCAAGGAAGGCCAAAGAGAAGAAAGCAAGGGGCUCAUCAAGGCAGAGGGGCAAACCUGAUGGCCUGCCCUGCCCAACAGUCCGGAGACACGUUGGCACAGCACAGCUGCCAUCCAAGAAGCCAAGUAGGAAAAGAAAGGUGGCACCACCAACUGCCGGCGUUGCAUUGGAGGAUGACGAGAGCUCCCUUGCAUGCCUACCGCCCGCCGCUCGCAAGGCUGUCCAACACAGUCUUCUGAGGAGGCAAGCAGCAGCUGCCAGGCCCCAAGGCAUGCCUAACAGGACACAAUGCACUGGGCGUCCCCAGCCUGGGGCCCCAGGGUCCGACCCCGUCUCAACCGCUGAGGCCCAUGGGAGUGUUGUCACGGCUGACUUCGAGGGGCUGUUGAUCAGUGGGGAGAGGGGUGGGGCUCCGAGCGGGAAGUGCUCGAGGGGUGCCGGCGAGCACCCCCAGGUCGGUGAUGGGAGGAGCGGCCAACCCUCCAAGGGUGGACCGAUAGAGAUGGGUGCAGUAGAGGACCAGAUCCUGACGGACGUGGAUGCCCAGUUGGAGGCCUUCAGGGCUGCGUUGGCUGAUGGGGACGCUGCGCUUGAAGAAAACCCCCCACCAUGA